UUGGAGAACUGGAGGAAUUCGAUCACGGUCAUCUGGAGUUCGUUUGACGAAAAAUUGGGUCAAACUCUGUGGUCUGUCUCUAUCGUCGGAACAUGCCAGAGGAUCGUGCUGGACUCGCGUGAUCGCGAUCGAACCGCCUCGUUCGAUGCGAACAACCGGAAGUGACUGAUCCCACGAUUGCUACCGAGCGCGUGACCAGGACCGUCACUGGGUGAUCCUUGGUGUGGCUGGACCCACGGAGUUUGGAAACGUUCCAAGAGAUCCACGGGGAGGGGAGGAUAUUGCGAUACGAUGAUGUGGUGUUUAGUGAUGCUGAUUCUGGCCGGUGUCUCGUGGGCCGACAACUCUGUCAACAACUCGGAAUAUUCGAUCCUGAUGUGCCCGAAGCUCAACUCGCAGGAGGAGAUCGAUCUGGACAAGAUAAUGGGCAAGUGGUACGUGGUGGAAGUGUUGGAGCAUAAAGGCGAUCCCCAGAAACCAGUAAGCGGAUCGUACAUCGUCGACUCCUGUCCGAUUGUCAAGCUGAGGGCCCUCGAGUACUCGUCGUUGAGGCUUCUGUGGACCGAGGAGGCUGGUAACCUCGAGUACACCUUCCGGAUACCGGACAUAUCCAGGAAACCGGGCGUCUGGGUCUCGAGCUCCCAGCAGAACGGAACACUCGCUACCUCGAGAGACCGGAAGUACAACCAGUUCACCGGUACGGUGAACGUGAUGAAGGCGGUCGCCUCGGACAUGGUUCUGACAUUCUGCUCGGGCCGACCGGACAAUCAGCUGUACUCGUUGCUGCUCGCACGCGAGCACAUACUGCAGAAGAGCGACAAACGUGGCGUCCAUAAUCUUCUCGGUCGUCGAGGCUUGAAGAUCGUCAGCAUCCGUGAGACUUGUAUGAACAACGCCGGCCAGACCGGUGGAUCGUUUCAGCUGAUCGGUUGGCUGACGUUCAUGGGCGUGCUGUCCACUGGCUUGCUGUCAGGUCGAUGGUAG